GACUUUAAAGAGGAGUAUUUCUCACAAAUUUCAACUACAGUAAAGGUGCAAUCUGAGGCAACUCAAGUAGUUGAAGAAGUGGUUGUUGAUUUUGAUAAUUUUAGGUACGUUAUUCACAUGUCAAGAAUAUUUCGUUUUGCAUUUUUAUCUGUGUGUUCAACCAUCAAUCAAAGAAAGCUAAAAGAACUUCUCGGCCACACCCCAUCCCAGGUUUUUGGUGGGGCUUUGCUGGGAAUUAUCUGUUACAAUUGUACAAGAAGCACUGGCUUUUCGAUUGAUGCUUAUAUUCAAUCUGAAUUAAAAGGAAAAAGCAUUCUGCAGCCAAUGCAAUUGGUUAGAGAACUGUAUCAUUGUAGCUUUUCUCCUCAGUAUGGAGAGCAUGAGAUUCUAUGCUUACUUCAUCUUGACUCAUACAUGGCUGAAAAUAUACAAAGUGAUAAGGUGAUGAUGGGUGAAAGUGGGGCUUCUAAUUCAAAUGCAACAAGUCAAGCUCAAACAACGGAGUCAAAUAUAACCAAAAAAAGGAGAAAAAGGUCUGUUGUGUGGGAUCAUUUUACAGAAAUUAUUACUUCUGAAGGGAGUACAAAAGCAAAAUGUGACUAUUGCUUUAUUGAGUAUGUAUUUAAGACCAAAGACGGUACGUCGACACUUCUUUCUCAUAUGCUUAAGUGUCCUAAACGCCCUGCUAUUAUUGAUAAAAAACAAUCAAAUUUAGGCUUUCAAUCUGCUCCGGGGGGUAGUCAGGGUGACGUAGCUGUUGUUACUUGGAAAUUUGAACAAGAAGAAUGUAGGAAGGCAUUAUGUCGUAUGGUAAUAGUUGAUGAGCUUCCUUUUAGCUUUGUUGAGAAAGAAGGUUUUAGAGACUUUAUGAAAGUGGCGCAACCUUAUUUUCGGAUCCCUUCUCGUAGUACUGUAACUAGGGAUUGUUUUGAUCUUUUUAAUGAAGAAAAGCAAAAGUUGAAGAGGUUUUUUAUAGAAACAAAACAAAGAGUAUGUAUUACCACUGAUACCUGGACUUCUAUUCAAAGAAUCAAUUACAUGUGUAUCACUGCCCAUUGGAUUGAUAGUGAAUGGAAUAUGCAUAAGAGAAUAAUUAAUUUUUGUCCUAUUAUUAAUCAUAAAGGCGAUGAUAUAGCAAACGGUAUUGGUAGGUGCUUACGUGAGUGGGGGAUAAAUAAGAUCUUCACUGUCACAGUUGAUAAUGCAAGCUCGAAUGAUGUGACAGUAAAAGAAUUAUCUAAGCAAUUAACAAAAAUGGGAACUAAUUUGAUUAAUGGUACUCACCUUCACGUGAGAUGUAUGGCUCACAUCAUGAAUCUUGUGGUCCAGGAUGGUUUAAAAGAAUCUUCAGUGUCUAUUGAACGUGUUAGGCAUGCAGUGAGAUAUGUUAGGCAGUCUCCUGCGAGGUUGAAGAGGUUUCAAGAAUGUUUUGAUACUGAACAACUCAAUUCUAAGAAAACUUUAUGCUUAGAUGUUCCAACUAGAUGGAAUUCCACCUACUUGAUGUUGCGCAGGGCUGUUGAAUUUGAAAGUGAACUUUUGAGUAGUGAUUGGGAGAAUGUAAAAAGAAUUACAAAGUUUCUUGAAAUCUUCUAUCUUCUUACUUUGAAGAUAUCUGGAUCACGUUAUGUUACAUCGAAUAUUCAUUUUCUUGAAAUUUGCGCAGUUGCUAUCUAUUUGAAGCAAUUGAUAGCAAAUGAAGAUGUAGUUUUAAGUGAAAUGGCAAAGAAUAUGAAAGAAAAGUUUGAUAAGUAUUGGGGUGAUCCAGGAAAAAUGAACAAGAUAAUUUUUAUCUCAUGUAUUUUGGAUCCACGUUACAAGAUCGAAUCAGUUGGCUUUGCGCUUGUAAAGAUGUUUGGUGUAGAUCCGGGGGCAACUAUACAAGCAGAAGUGACGAAGUACAUGACUUCAUUAUUCAGUGAGUAUGUAAAGUCCGGGCUUUCUGGCAGUCAAGCAAGCACCCAAAAUAUAGGACUUUUAGAAUCACUCAUGCAAGAUAUAAAAAAAAUAUAA